CUGCGACGUGCCAGCGGCAGCGCGCCGGUGCCCCCACUUAGCUAGUCGUAGCAUUGUUACGGCUGCAGUCCAGCUUCACAUCAGCUUCUUUCUUAGAUUGUGCAGUCCACUGGCAGGCAGGCAUGGCCGUCUUCCCCGCGCUGAGGGCGAGAGCACUGCUCCUGGCGGCGGUCGUCCUGCUCGUCGGCGCGCUCGAGCGCGGCACGGACGCGCAGCUCUCGGCAGGGUUCUACUCCGCGAGCUGCCCCACCGUGCACAGCGUCGUGCGCCAGGUCAUGUCGCAGGCCGUCAUGAACGACACGCGCAACGGCGCCGCCAUCCUCCGCCUCUUCUUCCACGACUGCUUCGUCAAUGGGUGCGACGCCUCGCUGCUGCUGGACGACACGCCGACGACGCCCAGCGAGAAGGGCGCCGGCCCCAACGCCGGCGGCUCCACCUUCGACUUCGACCUCAUCGACACCAUCAAGACACAGGUCGAGGCCGCCUGCCCCGCCACCGUCUCUUGCGCCGACAUCCUCGCCCUCGCCGCGCGCGACAGCGUCAACCUGCUCGGCGGGCCGAGCUGGGCCGUGCCGCUCGGCAGGCGCGACGCGACGUUCCCGAACAGCACGGGCGCGGCGACGGACCUCCCGGGCCCGGACUCCGACCUCAACGCGCUCCUGGCCGCCUUCGCCGCCAAGGGCCUCGCGCUGCGCGACCUCGCCGCGCUGUCCGGCGCGCACACGGUGGGCAUGGCGCGCUGCUCCAGCUUCCGCACCCGCGUCUACUGCGACGCCAACGUGAGCCCCGCGUUCGCGUCGCAACAGCGGCAGUCCUGCCUGGCCUCCGGCGGCGACGCCGUCCUCGCGCCGCUGGACUCGCUCACCCCCAACGAGUUCGACAACGGGUACUAUCGGAACCUAGUGGCCGGCGCCGGGCUGCUGCACUCCGACCAGGAGCUCUUCAACAACGGGCCCGUCGACACGCUGGUGCGGCUGUACAGCGCGAACGCCGGCGCGUUCGCGUCGGACUUCGCCGCGUCCAUGGUCAGGCUCGGGAACGUCAGCCCGCUGACGGGCUCCAGCGGGGAGAUCAGGCUCGACUGCAGGAAAGUGAAUUCGUGAUUCGAGAAAUACUACGGAAAUUGUCUUGUUAAUUGAUUCGCUGCAACGAAUAAAGCAUGGCAUGACAAUGGAAAUAGAGACGGGCCAAAGCCAUCAGUGAAUUGAUAUUUUUUUCUUUUUUCUUUUGUUCCUGAAGCCGUAGAGAUUUCAUGACAAUCAAACACGAUGUAUGCGUAAUUUUUUGGAAAUAUAUUAUGCAUUCUUUUGUUUA